GCCACAGCUACUCAGGCGGCUUUGGCCCAGCGACCUACACGCACCUGACCUUUCGUUCCUUGCGUUAUUCUCCCACAAAUGCAAGCCUAAUGCAUUUGCAGUGCUCAGACACGUAGACGGAUAGAGUCGCUAUAGCUCAGGUCGCCGCCGUGAGGAGGCCCGAGAUGCUCGCCCUGCGCGUCGUCGCGGGCUCUCCCGCUGGUGCGCACAGGCACAGCGUACAUGGCUGUAGCCAAUCGUUAUCAGCCCGUCUCCAGGCACCGCCACCGGCGUGCGCGUUUAGAAGACUGUUCGUUUAUGGCAUGCAUCGGACCGCUGCCGACACCGGCCCCAGCUCACCGCGCGCUGCCGCCGCUACUUCUGUCCCAGCACUCAACAGUAGCAGCUCAUCCCCACUGCGCGUCUCGACGGCGGUAGUGCUCUGCGGCAGCAGUAGCUCCCGCCUCGGGCGGCCAAUAGUGCAGGCGGCGGCGGGUAGGGGAAGCGGCGGAGGCAGGGCAGGCGAUGGCAGCCGCGCCAGCGGCAGAAGCAGGGGCAGCGGGCGUGACCCCGCGGAUGACAUGACCGUGUGUCGGACUCUGGAGGAGCUGCAAGCAAUCAUCAGCCAGCGGCUAUCAGUGUGGGAGGGCCGAAAAGACUUCAUUACCAUGUGUGCGGCGUUCAACCUGUGCGGCAAGCUGGAGUCGCGCGCUGGAGCAAGCCAAACGGCUGUAGCACGCAGCAGCAUUAUCGGCAUGCUUGCGCCGGCCUACCUGCCGCUCGUGCCGCGCAUCCGCAACGCAAAGAACUGCAGCAUUCCGCUGUGGGCGCUGGGCAAAGCUGGAUUGGUCGGCGGCGGCACGGAGGCUCAGCUUGCAGCAGCUCUGCUGGAGCGGCUAGUGGAUCCUGAGGUUCUUGGGAAGGCGGAACCUCAGAACCUCGCAAUUGUCAUGUACGCGCUCGGCAAGCUCAAGCAAGACCAGCAGCAGCGGGGCUCAGGCUGGGACCCCACCUCAUCUCCGCACUUGCAGACCUUGGCGGCAGCUGUGGCUUCUCGCUUGAGAACGGUGGCGGGCCACGGCUUCAAGCCGCAAGAUGUUUCAAACAGCCUAUGGGCUCUCAAAGCUCUGGGGUGCACAGGACCAGAGUACCGGUCAGCAGUUGAGGCGCUGUGCGGGGAGGCACUGCAGCAGCUCCGGAAACCGGAGCUCGCUGCAGCAUUUAUCCCGCAACAGCUAUCCAACAUCCUGCUGGCGCUGGAGGGGCUGCAGCUAUGCAGCGAGCAGGCAGAGCUGGUGGUGGCAGUGGCCGAAGAGGACAUGCGGCGGGGGUUUGACGGGUACAUCGCUCAGGACCUCAGCAACUCAGCGUGGGCCCUAGCCAAGAUGGGAUUUGGGGCGGGCCCGGAGGCGCCGGCAGAGCAGCGGCAGUGGGUUUCAGCAGCGGUGGACGCAGCAACGCAGUCGGGCGCCAUGGCCCGCGCAACAUCUCAGGCCUGGUCCAAUCUGCUGUACGCGCUUGCGUUGAUGCGCCACCAGCCGCCGGCGGAGCUGCUUGACUCGGGCGCAGCAGUAGCAGCCAUGCGCGCCAGUAGUGCCGGUGGUCAGAACUGUGCCAAUACGCUGUACGCGCUGGCGGUGCUGCAGCUGCGGCACGCUGGCUUGGAGGCGGCGGUGUGCGGUCGGCUGGGCGAGCUGCUGCAGCAUGACUCUGACACAGUCCUGCACCAGCACGUAUGCAACAGCCUGUGGGCCAUGGCUGUGUUCGGAGGCACGUAUUCUCCCGACAUGAAGCAGCUAUCCAUUCAGCUGGCCCGUGAAGCAGUAAGCCGUUGGGAGGGUCUUACAACUGAGCAUCUCAAACAGCUGUGGCAGGCGCAGCAGGAGCUAGGCGGCGAGGUGGCGGCGGCCCUGGGCAGCGGCAGCGGACUGCAGGCGGCGAUGGCAGCGGCGGUGACUACUGAGAGGGAAGACGCCAAGCCCACAUCAGAUACUCAAAAGCAGGUCGUUGCAGCGCUGCGGCGGCUUGAGCAGCAGGGCCUCAAGGCAGCAGGGGGCCUAGCCGUUCAGUCCCUUCAGACGGGCGUUGUCGCGCCAGGAGUGUUGGCGCCAGUGGAUGCGGUGGUGCGGCUGAGUGACGGGCAGCAGGCGGCGGUGGAGUUCCUCGGACCGAAACGUUACCUCUUGACACAAACGCAGCAGCAAGACCCCAGCGCUGCUGUGGAAGGGGGUACGGCCAUUCGCAUUCGGCAGCUGCGGCGGGCGUUUAAGGAGGGCGGCGUCCUACUAGUGCCGUACUGGGAAUGGGACUUCCUGACUCCUUCCGAGCAGGAGGCCUACCUGCUGCGCCGGCUGCAGCAGCCGGCGGUGGCGGUGGAAACAGUGACAGCGGGUGCCGUGGGCGGCGCUGCGGCUGUCACUACGGCCGCGCCACACCAGCCCGCAACCACCACCACCAACAGCAACAAGGGCGGCGGCGGCUCUGGCGGCAACCCACAACAGCAGCUGCUGGCGCGGCCGGCACGGCGGCCAGAGGGAGGAGACGGCGGCGGUGGCGGCGGAGGCGGGUCAAAAAGGACGGUAGUAGGUCUGCGUAGCUAGGCAGGUGUGCGUGCACGGUAGACAGGCAGGCAUGCAAACCAUGCAGACCUGGGUAAUGCCGGCGUGUGCAUCAGGAGUGGGCUGGAGCCCAAGUGGAUACUCGUGGACAGGGAUCUCUAGCUACGGAAGAUGGGAGGCCUCGAGAGGCACGAGCGAGGUGCCGGCGUGCAUGUCGGCGCGGUGGGCGAGGUUGGCAAUGGGGAAGGUGGGGAGGGGAGGGUGGGGGGUUGUAAAUAUCAGCCCAAACUAAACAGGGGGACAGGCAGGUGCCGGUCCUGUGCUGGUGGUGGUUGGUAGCGUGCGGCAAGAGGAGUCUGGUGGCUUGGCGGGGAUAUAUGCUGCGGCUUGAUGGGGACCUGGCUUUAUUCUUACAUGGCACGCAGCAUGGGGGUGGGGCAAUGGGCGGCGGUGCCAAGGCGGCAGGGCUGCGGUGCCAAGGGGGCAGGGCCGGGCAUGUCAGCCGCAGGGGCUCACGAACGGCGUGUGCGAGGUCGGCUCGGUGGGCGAUUGAGUGACGCAUGCCUGGAUGAGGCAUGUCAGGUGCUUGUGUUGCGUUGUGUUCUCGGCCCUGGGGCGUGUACAGUGUGCGUUGCACGGCGGCGGGUCUCAGUUGUUUUGUUGUUGUGAUUGUUGGGUGUGAUGUGUUGGUUGUGUGGCAGCAAUCGUGUACGUAUCAGCGGCGGCGGCGGCAGGCAAGCACCUUGUGAUGCUUCAAUGGUUGGGGCAGUGCACUCAUCAUGUAGCGAUGAUACCGCACGGUUGGUACCGUGAAGCCUGCGCGCUGAGGAGGACGUCUCAAGCGUGGGCGGAUAAAAGUGUGUAGACAGGGAUGUCAGACAAAUCAGCAAAGGUGGCCAGGUGAAGCAGGCGGGGACCCAAUGUGCGAUAUUGCACUGCUAUGCUCAUGUUCAAGAGGCUGGCCGUCUGCCCCGCCGUUUCUGCCCCUCUCGUGUCGGGCGGGAUGUUGGAUUUGUAAGCGACAUGCGUUGCACCUCAGUCGUGGUCGACGGGUGUCAAAUGACGCGGGCAGGGACUCACGCCAGAGCCUGUAUGCAGAAUGGUUGGGGAGGAGGACAUGGGAAUAGCAGCCGCGAUAGGCUUGGGGGAGGGCUUCGCGGUUCAGUGCACGUGUUUGGAGGUCGCGAGGGGUGUUGAUACGGGGCGUGCCCUCGGGCCGUGUAUUUCGCGGUCAGGUCGC